AUGGUCAUUUAUCCUUCUCUUGUUGAUGUCAACUCCUAUGCUCUUGCAACCGUUCCACUGGACACUGUCUACAUUGCUAAAAGUUCUCUUCCGAACGCUGGCCUAGAAGCAUUUGCUGCUCGUCCCAUCGCACGGCUCAGUUGUUUUGGUCCUUACGGUGGCUAUAAGCACAACAAUGGCCUCAUUCAAGAAGCAAGUGGCUAUGCUUGGAGAGUACGAGAUGAGUCGGGUGAUAUAAUGUAUUAUAUCGAUGGAUCUGAGCCCAACAACUCGAAUUGGCUUCGAUUUGUUAAUUGUCCAAACACUUUUAGUCAACAAAAUCUCAUUGCAUUCGUGCGUAAGAUGACAUUCGUACAUAGUUUUUGGUGAAACUACUUAUAUAACGGUGUUUGUAUAGAUCAUGGUAACAUUUUCUACAUAGCAACUCGAAAUAUCGAUGUUGGAGAGGAACUUCUGGUUUACUAUGGGGAUAAUUAUGCCACCAAGCUUGGUAUUGAUACGAUGGAAUUUCCUUAGGUUUUAUGUCAGACUCUGGCGCAGUCGGACAACUCCAUAAAAUUUUAUACUCACUGGAACCAAAAGGACUAGUAUUCUGAGCCAUAUUUUUGCUUACAAGAUGAAAGUAUUGUUUUCGCUCUUCUCAAAGUAAGAUGUGAAUGUGGUUGUGGUAAUGUUAAAGUGUACAUAAAUCAAUGAAGAGACACAUCGACCUAUCUCUUGAGGAAAAGACAAAUCAGUCUGUCAAUCUCACCUCUUGCUUUUCAACAAUCGACCUAGGCAUGACAUCAAACUGUAAGAGAAUAAUAAUGAAUGAAUAUGCUUUGAUUAAAACUAUAAAAAAAUAAAUGCAGAGUUAAUUUUGUCGAAGCGUUUCCUAUUAUGUAUUAAAAUAUUGAAAUAUUUAUUAGGGCUCUGCACUAAAAGAAAAAGUAUAAAUAAAAAACAAAAAGCAAACAAACAACAAAAAAUGGGAAAAGGAAGUUGAAGAGCCAAGAGGCUGAAUUACUAAUAGCUUGUUGGUAAGGGUGUGGGUGUAUCGGGGAAACUACAAACGGCGGACCUUGAUACUCAAACCCACAUCGGUUAUUCAGCAUCUUCUAUAUUUCUGUCACCAAUAUCUUCUGGGCCUUCUAUACUACCGACAUCUCCUACUCUUCCUAGAGUACGUAGUCCUGCUAUAUCCUUGUAUCUCACUGAUCUUCUACCCUAGUACUUAACCGAGUUUCCAGAAUAUCCAAAGGUGUGAGUAGGAUGUUGGCGUGGGUGUGGGGUGUGGUGCAUGGAUGUGAGUGAGUGAUGGUGUGGGUGUGG